CCAGAUCAGACCAGUACAUUUUAUGCCUCUCAGUCCCUCCAUUCUCUCAUGCUCCCCACCUUUAUUCAUACAGUCAUGCAAACAGCUACCUUAGCAGUAAUCAGCAGUAAUAACCCCUCAUGCGUGCUGUGCAUGCCGACAGAACACGGAGUCGUCUUCACUCUGCUCUGUCCGACGAAGGGACAGACCUGGAGUGUCACCUACAGAUUCACCCGGCCGGCCUGCGCGUUUCGCGACGCCUCUGAACGUCCUGCUCCCCUCCCAGUUCGGACCCGCAGCUGUCAGAACCGCUGUCGGAACCGAGCCCGUGUCUCCCCUAGCGGCGUUUACUCCGCAGCCGCGAUCGUGACGUACAGGGGCGUUCUCUUUUCACAAAACGACACCCUGACCUUAAAAACAGGACUGAGCGUUGUCCUCUGCGGUCUGCACCCUGCUGACCCCGUUUCAGCCGGACGCCCGUCGCCCCCAAACUGAGACCACGUCACUCUCGCGCUCCGCUCAGCCCAUCUCAGCGCUGCGCCAGGGAUACCGGACUUCGCUGCGGCUGUGCAGAUUCCCAAAACAUGCCAUUUCUCUGUACUUGAACAGCAAGAUGAAAAGGUGGCUAGCACUCACGGUGAUUUCUCGGACUCGGUUGUGGAACAGCUGCUCUCUAACAGUCACGUCGUCUGCUUCCAUUCUCCGCAAUAACCAUGUCGUGAGAGUUGCUCAGCACACUGGAAAAAAAAACAAAAAACACACGGACGGAUCCACACGGUGGUUGUUUCUUCUUCGGCUUCUCCUACGAGGCUUGCAUUUCUCUAAACACAGCCGCAGAGAUUCCCAGCGGCUCAGCCGGCCCCCGCGUACCCUAACAACCAGCUCCGACUCCGAGCGCACAAGCUCUUGGGGAAACAGGGAGUCAGAGUCAGAGCACGAUCCUGCUGCCAGCGGGACACCCAUUGGGGGCGUGGCUCCGCUUCGAGUGGGAGGUGUCAUCUGGGCGAAGGCGGGGCUUCACUAUAUCGGGACACAUCAGAGACUUUGAAUUCCGAGAAUAAACCAUCAGAAUGAAAGAAACGAGGGAAACCUGAGAUCGCAUUACUGCUGCCAGUGACCAGGUAUAACUGCACAGCCCUGUAGCCUCUGCUCCUCGGCGCCCCCAUGGGUAAGGGAGUGGCAGUGACGUACGCACUGUGGGCUGUGGGCGGGCCCCUUGGACUGCACCACCUCUACCUGAGGCGGGACAGCCACGCCCUCCUCUGGCUGCUCACCUGCGGGGGAUUCGGAGUGGGCUGGGCACGGGAGAUCUUCAGAAUCCCCGCCUACGUGGAGGAGGCCAAUCAGGGAUCUGCGGGGGGGAGGGGACAGAGACGCAGAGCCCCGCCCCCUCCAGUGAGCCCCGCCCGCUUUGCCGGGCAGGUGUGCGUGGGGAUUUACUUUGGCGUGGUGGCUCUGAUCGGGCUCAGCUCUCUCAGCUUCUUCUACCUGCUGGUGCUGCCGCUCUGCGUGGGCGCCGGGGUGCACCUGGUGUCCUGCGCGGGACACGAGACCUCCGACCUGCCCAAGACCCUGACGGCCUGCCUCCUCACCUCGCCCAUCUUCUACGGCCGCGCCAUCUCCACCCUUCCCAUCAGCCUGGCGGCCAGUGUCACCGCUGCACAGAACCGGCGCUACAAGCAGCCCACGCCCCCCAAACCGCUAGGUGUCCGACUGUAUCACUUAGGCCUGGCCUGGCUGGCCUUCACUGCUCCCCUGGGCUACUGUGUCUUCUACAACACCACUGCCACCCUCUCCUACCUGGUGGAGUGUGUCGCCUCCCUGCUGGACUGGCUGUGGUUCUUCCCCCAGCUGCAGAGGCUGCUGGGAUUUUUCCUGCUGCUGCCCUACAGGGUGCUGUGCCUCCUGACUGGGGGCGGGGAGCUGGGGGGGCUGGGUGAGGACUGGGAGAUCGUGCUGGAGAAGAUGCUCUGGCAGCACUGGGAGAGAGAGCGCAAGUCCCGAGAGGUGCUGUCGGUGAGCAGCGCCGCGUCUCUAGAUGAGAUCACCCAGAGCUACAGGGAGCUGGUGAAACUCUGGCACCCUGACCACAACCCACAGAGACCUGAGGAGGCGGCCGAAAGGUUCCUGCAGAUCCAAGAGGCGUACAAGACGCUGCUGAGCCUGCACAAGACACAGCGCGGUGAAUAACUCACCAGGAGGACACCCGAAACACGGCAGCACCGGGACACAGACAUGACACACCCCUGUCCAGUGUUCACGCCCUCCUGAACCCAAGUGGCUGCCACAGUACGAAAUUCGCAGUCAUUGCUGCCAUCUUGUGGCAGGCAGUAACAUUACAAAGAAUAAUUCGAGGCAAAGUGAAAAGAGAGAAAUGAAGAAGCAGCAUACAGUAGUAGAACAUGAUUUAAUUAUAUUUUAAUUAGGACACCCGCUUCUGGCCCUUCGUUGUUUCCUGCAGUUAGGUAUUUUCAAUGCACCCUUCCUUGAAAAGAAAUACAGACCUACUAUGUUAAAAUAGUGCACAGCCAAUUCAGUGCAAAUGUCCUGUCUUCUCCAACUGCUUCCCUAUAUUGUAAAUUGCAGGUGCUUACCAAACCAUCUUUGGGAGGCCCUGCAUGACGCAAAAGUCCCAGCUAUGCCAGAUCCUGUUGUGCCUUGUGUUGUGUGUCACACUUGGCCUCUCUGAGUCCAGGGCCCUGUUUUCACACAGGGUGUCUCUGUAAGGCCUAGCUGCACAUUAGAGUUAUUUUUAAAAAGGACAAGAAGAACUAAUAAUGAAAAAAAUAUUUGGAGAAAGGAAUUCAGUUAAAGUGACCUAUGCAGCAUGUACGGUAUAUUGCUACUAUGUAAAAUAACACAUAGCAAUCUCUCCCAACGUCUUAUUCAUGUAAUCCCUUUCACAGACAAUCUGAAACUGUAAUGGAUUAAUUUUAACACUAGCUAUAACACUAAAAGACACAUGUUACUGUUCACCUGUAACUGGACUGCUUUACUGUACAGAGACUGUAGCUCCCAUUGUAACAGGACUGUUCUACUGCACUGGGACUGUAGCCCCUAUUGUAACGGGACUGUUCUACUGUAC